GCGGCGGCCACCGUUCCCUCCCGCCGCUCCGCUUCCCGAAAAUGGCUCCUCCCCUCGAAGACCUCACCCGGGUGAUGGCCAAGCUCGCCGCUCGCCUCUCCCGGCCUCCCGCCGCCGCCGGCGAUGCAUACGUCGGGGACGCCCUUUCGGCCUCCAUCUCUUCCCUCGCGGCCACCCUCAACCCCAGCGGCGGCAGGGGCGGCGCCUCAUCCGGAACCAGGGUUCUGGACUCCGCGCUCUCCCUCAUGUGUUUCGACCCGCUAGAGGUGAACAGGGCUCGCGUCGACUGCCUGGUCCGCACCCUUGUCUCCGCGCUCUCCGCGUCAGUCUCGUGCGGCGUGGUCCGGCCCGAUGGGGGUGCUGGUGAGGAGAUGCUCUGUGUUGGGAGCUCCGUCUCGCCAGGGGAUUGCCACGAGCUGCUCCGGUCGUGUGCAGCCCUUGUGCAGAAACUGGGGGAUUGUGAUGCUGGAAGGCAUUCUUAUGAUCUGUUGUAUGCUGUUGUGAAAAUGGCGGUCUUGUCCCCUCACUUCCAUAGUCUUUUCCCAUUACCAUAUUAUAAGGAAGAGGGAGAACGCGAAUAUGAUGUUGGAACAGUUGCUGCGGAGUUAAUAAACCAUCCUUCCAAUCAUGCCCCUCCUACUGGUAACUCAAUCCCACUGAGGUUGCUUUUAUGGCAUCUUGAUCCAUCAAUUAUUAAGGAUGAUCUGUCAGCGAUGCUCCAGGAAGUAACUAGAAGGCCCUUACUUUGCCUCAGAAAGGAAUUACAUAAUCGAAUGGAGUGGCGUAUCAUCAUAAUUUGCCUGGUUUGCUCCCCAACAAUGUUUACCGAGAUGGGAUCACUAUUGCACUUCUGGUUCCUAGCAACAGGUUUGAGUUCUGUGCUAGAACUUCACAGUGCAUUGUUAUCUUCAGCAUUAGACAUUCUUCUCAAGCCAAUGUCAUGGGGAAUAUCAAUAGAACUGGGACAGAAGUUCCCCUUUUCACAUGCUUACUUCCCAAGCCAACAUAGUCACUUGCUUGCAAUACUAACUGGACCCUUAUCAUGUAAAACCUUUGUGGACCUAGUUUCUUAUAUCAAUGCGUUGGUUCAUUUGGACAACACGAGAACCAGGUGCUCUUCACCGAAAAACACACAACUACAACCUGUGACGGGAUCGGUAAAAUAUAAUUCUGCUUGGUACAUGAUUAUAAAUUUCCCUAUCUGGUUCAAUUUUGCAACUGCUUUACUUUUCCACCGAGAAGGCUCACAAGAUUAUUUAUCAGAAACAUUAUCCAAAGAGAUAGCUGCUGAUUCUUUAAGUGAUGUCAGUCUUGCUCAGAGGGCAGCCUUUUACCUUUCUUGGGUCCUAUGCCCUUCUAAUGAUGAUCAGUGCCAGAUGCUAGCUAACAAUAUUUUGGAAAUAUCACAAUCUUGGGCUAGGAACAACAAAAGGCGCCCAAAUAGUAAUGUAAAUCAUAGGAGGAAAUUGCGAAUACCCACAGCUGUGGACUCAGAGAAACUCCAUGUGUCAACCAACACUGUAAGCACCCUGAUAAAAGAAUUUGAUGAUCGAUGUGUCAAAUUUUGUAGCACAACUGCCUUUCCUCAAGUGCAAGCUGAAAAACUCUCAGACUUCCAUCCCUCUUGCCAUAAUCUAUUGCAUCUGUUGAUUCCGUUGGGAGUAUUGCUUGUAUCAUCUAGUUGUGUUAAUGAGCAGAAUUGCAACAUGCUUCUGCACUACGCAAGCACUGGGCAGGUUCUGAAGUCAACUGAAGUGGAGAUGAAAACAAAAGAUCCUGCCAGUAAUGAAGGUUUCUCGAGCACCUUCAGUGGUACUGCUCAAAGAUGGGCUUUGAGUGGUGCGCAUCUCAUCUUUGGCUGGCUUGAUGUUGUUGAGGAUAUGUCCUCACUGGUUUUUUAUUGUGAAGAUAAACGCCAGCAUUUUGUUAGUCAACUCAGAACCAAGACAGGCCCAUACCUGAUCAAGUGUGUAAAGUUAUUAGUUGAGAUGCUGGAUGAUGCAGAUCAAGAUAGAGAUUUUGCAAUUGAUGUUCAUAAUAGCUAUUGAAUAUUUGAAUGGGUCUAAAUUGGUUGUCGAUCUCCAUUCUGACGGUAGUGGUAAUAUGGUUGAAGGAAGCACAAUACUCGGAACUGUUGAGCUGCACCAGAUCCAUUGCAGCUAAUGAUCAUUUCCUUCCAGAAUUGUUUCAGAUUCACGUGACUUCUGCUUCAGAGUUCAGACGCUCUGUUACUGCAAGUUGACCGGUCCCUGUUAAGAAGAAACAUCAAGAACAAUGGAACCUGCUUGUCAUGUGAACUGAAGUAUGGACGGCAUAAUGUCUUCAGGUGCAGCAUUCAUUGCUCUGGUACGGGUUCUGGGAGAAUUGUCAAUUCUGCAACAGGGUUGGUCUACAGGUAUCAGGUAAUACGGUCUUUUCCUUCCUGAGUUAAUGCAAGCGAAUGAAUUGUGUUUUCUUGGGUCAUGAGCGUUCAUUUGACUGCUGGAUUUGGUAUACACCUGUACUCCUGUAGGCUGUUGCACUUAGUUUAUGGCUUGUUGGUAGUAGUUCGUCGUUGGCUGCUGGUGUUGUUUGGCUCUUAUACAAACUCAACUUCAAAGUGCAAGCAAACGAAAAUACAUAUUUGUUAUUAGUAAAUAUAAUAUGCUAUUGGAUGAGAAGUUUCAGUCUAUUUGCUGUUAGUUUCUUGCAUACCUAUAAUGUCAUGGUCAUUUAAUGUAUUAGUAUUAAUGCCCUAUAACAUUGCUAGGAGGAUAGAGCUCCUGCAGUUGUGAGGUACUCCCUCCAUUUGAAAUGGCAAUGCUUGUUUCAUUCCAGUAGGACAAUCCUUUUAUGAUAAUAUGAUUAUGGUUCAUAUCGCAUUAGUGAAAUACUAAUUGAGUAAUUAUUAGUUAAAUCAUCAUCCUAACGAAAUGGAAUAGGGUUUUUUACAUAAAAAAAGAAAAUGGAGGGAGUACAAUCACGAUCCUUAGGCCAUGGCACCAAUCAAUACUUUUUUUAUAACACAUAUACAAAUUUAUAUAUAGGAAAUCACGUCUACUAACAGAUUAACAGUAUGCUGUAGUUUUUUUCGGACGGAACGGGAAACCGAUAAGUAGCAACACAUGCAUGGAUAUGGCCUGCCUUGUUUUGCAGCACCUGCAGCUGCUAUGCCAUUACUAGGUGACCAGCUCGAUGCCGGCUUCAACCAUGGACUCCGCCAUGAAGACGUUCGCGGCUUCGGACGGGUGGACACCGUCGAAGAAGACGUAGCUGCUGGCGUUCCGGCACGUCCCAGCCGUCGUCGGGUUGCAGAGGUACACCCUCGUCUUCGCCUUGCCCGUCCGGCAGCACGUCCCCCUCGCGUUGGCGAAGCCUAAGAAUAAGGGGCAAACCACACAAUCGUAUAUGGUUAUCAAGUUCCAGCACACGUGGGAAUCUUCACAUCGUA